AUGGAGAACGCACAGCGUGUGGUUGCAGACAUUGUGGCAAGAUGUCGGUAUCGAGGCGUUGAUGUGUCAGAGACACUUGCUGCAUUUACAGUGCGUCUGAUGAUUCAUCGUAGUCGACGCAAUAUUGUACUGGAGCGACAAAUGACUCAUGAAGACGAGCUGUAUUUAAUUGAGCAAUGCGUAAAGGCUUUAUUACUUAAAGAUGAUCCAGCCAUGGAGACGGUCAAGAUGCAACUCGAAUUUGAUUUGAUCUAUGCAAAUCUUGAAGAGGAAUUGCACAUACGUAAAGAACGUCAGGAGCAAUCGGUAUCCAAGCUGCAGCGCACAAUUGCUACACUUGUACCAGAUACUGCCACUGACUUCGAGACUUUAUCAACGUUAUACAAGCACAUUUUUACGCUUCUGAUGCUGGAUGCAAGCAAAUAUACCCGAGACAAUGUUAAGAGCGUUGCGGACAAGAAUCAGCAACAAGGCGAACUUCGAGCUUUAGAGAAAGAAGUCGCGGGAGCUCUUGAGAGCGUCUUUCCACGCAUUGGACUCAAGUCUUUUGCGACCAUGUCCACGGAUGACAAACUGCUUCAGUUGGAUGAACUUCGGCGCAUUGUUGAAGGUAUUCGCCUUUUUAACAAGGAGUUAGGUAAAGGAGGUGUCGGUAUCACAUCUAGUGCUCUAGAGAUCCAAGAAAAUGUUGCUACAUUGGUAAACCUUGUUCGAGACGAAGUGCAGGAAGCAAAUGAGAUGUGUACACAAUAUACAGAAGUGCUAUUGCACGUACAUCACCGACUCGGAGCAAAUGGUGAAGUGGAAUCAUCCGGAUCUUUACCAAGUCACGACGAAGUUACCCGAUGGCAAGACGAAUUGAGCAAUCGACGACAAUUUCUUUCGUAUCUGCAAAGUCUCGAUGAGGAUAUCGCUGUAUCUCAUGAAAAAAUUAGUUCGCGAUUAAAGAUGUAUCAGACUGACAUGAGUGCACUGCAAAAUCUUGUGGGAGCGCGGACUUCCCUACCAAAAUCGCAUGUUUAUCCACUCUUUGAAGCUGUUUCUCGUUCCUGGACUGAGUUGCUUCAGGAGCACGAUUUGCUACAGGCCCGUGCUCAAGCAUUAAGAUCAUUAUUGUGCUUCAAAUCGAACUUUACUCAAACUCUAUCAGUUGACUCAUCCAUUGCACGACAAGCUCGACGUGAAUCGUCAAUUCCGACAGAAGAUCUCUUUUCGCAUAUUGAAACUUUUCCGACAGAAGGUCAAUUGGAGACGACUGAUAGAUUUGGACGUAAAGAUGGAGAUUUGGUCGAAGAUGAAGUUAAUUGGGAUUUGAAAGGCUCUGAUUUUGCUGUUCGAAUGCCAGUUGAGACGACGCCUGAAUUUAUGCAAUUACCGCUCGAGUAUCAGGGAUUCUGUCCAUGGACAGUAGUGGAACGUGGAGGUUUGUUGCUACCAGGAGAUCCUUCAUUAGGUGUUGUUCAGUACCGUAAUGCCUACCACGUUUUCGUCAAUGAACGCGCACUAGGUGAGUUCAUGCUUCAGCCUCAUCGCUACGUUCAAGGUAUUUUACAUCGCGCAGCACGUCAACCAGCUCUUAUCUAUCUGCUAAGACUACAAGAGUCUUUUCCAAAUAUUACGUUGACUUCGCUGCUGAAAAUGUGCCAUCGUUAUUAUGCUGAAGGAGCGCAAGGAGUGCAUCCAUUACUGGCUCCUCCACCGUCACAGAAAGUCGAUGCAAGCACGAGCACGCCCACACACUUUAUUGAAAAGCAUAUAGACUACAAUUACGAUUGGAACGAGUGGGAUCUCCGUCGUAAAGCUUUGAAAAUUGCUAAUCUUCGACACUGUCGAACUGUCGGCGCGCAGACUUUACUCAGCAGCUUCCGUCGCGACGUCGACACGCAAGUUUAUUUACCGUCGAAUAUUGCCUGUCAAACCUCUAGAGAACGAGGUACGAAUGUGCCGAAAGUCGUAACUUAUUUCACAGGAUUGCGCCGAGGUCACGUUUACACUAUUGACGACGCCAGGCGUGCUGAAGCGAAGAAAGUGGAAAGUGACAUGAAAACGAAUCUUGAAUUUGGACAAGACGGAGAAGAGAGCAAACGUUCUGACGAACCAGCGGUAAUCGUCUCGUGUACAAUUGAUUUAUCUUAA